UCUAUGAAAUUGAUUACUUUAAAUGAGCUACGAGGUCAGUUCGUUCUUAGAAUUGUCUGUAUUAUUUAAACAUAACUUUAGUGUUGCAUAAAGGGUUAUUUUAAUACAAAAGUAUUACUUAAAUAUUCACACGACAAUGACUAUAAUAGAUAUAUCCCCCGACAAGGAUGGAGGUGUUAUGAAAGAAAUAAUUAAGGAAGGUAUUGGAGAUGAAACUCCAUCAAAUGGAAGCAAAGUAACAGUUCAUUAUACUGGUACAUUAUUAGAUGGAACAAAGUUUGAUUCAAGCAGAGAUCGUAAUGAACCAUUUCAAUUUAAACUUAAAAGAGGAGCUGUUAUUAAAGCAUGGAAUAUAGGAGUAGCUACUAUGAAGAAAGGUGAAAUUGCAUUAUUGACUUGUGCUCCCGAAUAUGCAUAUGGAAAAAAUGGUAGUCCACCUAAAAUUCCACCGAAUGCUACACUUAAAUUUGAAAUUGAAAUGAUUGAUUGGAAAGCAGAAGAUUUAAGUCCUGAAAAAAAUGGAAGUAUUGAGAGGUAUCCAAUCGUACAAGGGAAAGAUUUUUCUUUUCCAGAAAAAGGAGGUUUAGUGGAUGUACAUUUAACAGGAAUGUAUAAUGGAAAAGUAUUUGAAGAUAGAGAUGUAAAAUUUCCCCUUGAAGAAGGAGAAGAAUAUGAUGUUAUAGAAGGAGUAGAAAAGGCCUUAGAAAAAUUUAAACGUGGAGAAAAAUCAAAACUUAAAAUUAAAAGCCAAUAUGCAUUUAAAGACACAGGAAAACCUGAAUUUGGUAUUCCACCAAAUGCAACUGUAGAAUAUAUAGUGGAGCUAAAGAGCUUUGAAAAACAAACGCAAAAGAUGCUUUUAAGUAAAAAGGAACGGCUUGAACAAGCUAAAAUUUGCAAAGAAAGAGCAGCAACUUAUAUCAAAGCAAAUAAAUACAGCUUAGCAAUUAAAAUGUAUAAAAAAGUCUACUCAUAUUUGUUACGUUACUCUUGUGAAAUGGACAAUAAAGAUACUAUCAAAACUGAAAAUGAUGUUUUCACAUCUGAUGAAGAUGCACUUGCUUUAUCAGUACACUUAAAUCUAGCAUUAUGUUACUUAAAGACAAAUCAAAAUGUUAGUGCAAAAAAUGCAUGUAAUGAUGCUUUGCAAUUAAGUCCACAAAAUGAAAAAGCACUCUUCAGAAGAGGACAGGCAUAUCUUGCAUUAGCAUCUCCUGAAAUUGCAAUUAAGGACUUCCAAGAAGUUUUGAAAAUACAACCAAAAAAUACAGCAGCUGUGAAACAAAUUGAAGUUUGUAAUAAUCUCAUUAAAAAGCAAUUAUCAAAAGAAAAAAGGCUGUAUGCAAAUAUGUUUGACAAAUUUGCUCAAGAGGAUAAACAGAAGGAAGAGGAAAAGCUGCAAGACCAACCAGAUGUAAUGUGUGGAGCAUUAGGUGAAUGGGGGCAGGAAGAACGACCUGGAGGUAGAGAUGCAACUGCUUUUGAGAAGGAAAAUCCUAAUAUACUUAUGCUCAAUGCUAAUGGAACUGAUGAAUUUCAAAAUAUGUAAAAUGAUGAUAAUUCCACUGCCCCAUUUUUAACUACCAACAGUAUAAAAUUCUGUUAACCAUUGAUUUUUAACGAGUUUUGAGUACUACACUGACAGUAGUACAUAAAAAUGAAUGUCAUACAGUUUACUAGUAUUCUGUGACACAG